CGCUCGGGCUCGCGACCCACCGCUGCCCUCAGCUCCGAGUCCAGGGCGAGGUAAGGCUGGAGUCGGCCGGAGGAGGGCUGUGAGGCCGAUACCACGGAGGACCGCGAGCGCCAGCCGGAGCGCAGCGCAGCGCAGAGCAGAGCGGGCGGAGCACCCCGGGCGCGGGCGCGGGCGGCACGCGGGGCAUGAACCUGGAAGGCAGCGGCCGAGGCGGAGAGUUCGGCAUGAGCGCGGUGAGCUGCGGCAACGGGAAGCUCCGCCAGUGGCUGAUCGACCAGAUCGACAGCGGCAAGUACCCCGGGCUGGUGUGGGAGAACGAGGAGAAGAGCAUCUUCCGCAUCCCCUGGAAGCACGCGGGCAAGCAGGACUACAACCGCGAGGAGGACGCCGCGCUCUUCAAGGCUUGGGCACUAUUUAAAGGAAAGUUCCGAGAAGGCAUCGACAAGCCAGACCCUCCUACCUGGAAGACUCGUUUACGAUGCGCUCUGAACAAGAGCAAUGACUUUGAGGAACUGGUCGAGCGGAGCCAGCUGGACAUCUCCGACCCGUACAAAGUGUACAGGAUUGUUCCUGAGGGAGCCAAAAAAGGAGCCAAGCAGCUCAUGGAGGACCCGCAGAUGUCCAUGAGCCACCCCUACACCAUGACAACGCCUUACCCCUCGCUCCCAGCCCAGCAGGUUCACAACUAUGUGAUGCCACCCCUCGACCGAAGCUGGAGGGACUAUGUCCCAGAUCAGCCGCACCCGGAAAUCCCGUACCAAUGUCCCGUAACGUUCGGACCUCGCGGCCACCACUGGCAAGGCCCAGCUUGUGAAAAUGGUUGCCAGGUGACAGGAACCUUUUAUGCUUGUGCCCCACCUGAGUCCCAGGCUCCCGGAAUCCCCACAGAGCCAAGCAUAAGGUCUGCUGAAGCCUUGGCGCUCUCAGACUGCCGGCUGCACAUCUGCCUGUACUACCGGGAAAUCCUCGUGAAGGAGCUGACCACGUCCAGCCCCGAGGGCUGCCGAAUCUCCCAUGGACAUUCCUACGACGCCAGCAACCUGGACCAGGUCCUGUUCCCCUACCCAGAGGACAACGGCCAGAGGAAAAACAUUGAGAAGCUGCUGGGCCACCUGGAGAGGGGCGUGGUCCUCUGGAUGGCCCCCGACGGGCUCUAUGCGAAAAGACUCUGCCAGAGCCGGAUCUACUGGGACGGGCCCCUGGCGCUGUGCAGCGACCGGCCCAACAAACUGGAGAGAGACCAGACCUGCAAGCUCUUUGACACACAGCAGUUUUUGUCAGAGCUGCAAGCGUUUGCUCACCACGGCCGCUCCCUGCCGAGAUUCCAGGUGACUCUGUGCUUCGGAGAGGAGUUUCCAGACCCGCAGAGGCAGAGGAAGCUCAUCACAGCUCACGUAGAACCUCUGCUUGCCAGACAACUGUAUUAUUUUGCUCAGCAAAACAGUGGACAUUUCCUGAGGGGCUACGAUUUACCGGAGCACAUCAGCAAUCCAGAAGAUUACCACAGAUCUAUCCGCCAUUCCUCCAUUCAAGAAUGAAAAAUGUCAAGAUGAGUGGUUUUCUUUUUCCUUUUUUUUUUUUUCUAUUUUUAUUUUAUUUUUUUUGAUACAGGCUCUUGCUCAGUCUCCCAGGCCGGAGUGCAGUGGCACGAUCUCAGCUCACUGCGACCUCCACCUCCCAGGUUCAAGAGACUCUCCUGCCUCAGCCUCCCUGGUAGCUGGGAUUAAGGUGUGAACCACUGCACCCACCCAACACAAAUGAUUUUCGUUGUAAAUAUUUGACUUUAGUGAAAGCAUCCAAUUGACUGCCCUCUUGCUGUUCUGAGGAACUCAGAAGUGAAGAUUUCAGUGCAGCAGUUGAGGAGAAUUGCCACCAGACACGCGUGGAGAAUCAGUGACAUCUGAUUGGCAGAUGAGCUUACUCCGAAAGGAAGGUGGCUUUGCACUUCUUGGGCUCUGUAAACUGCCAUCAUUGAUGAUCACUGUGAAAAUUGACCAAGUGAUGUGUUUACAUUUACUGAAAUGGGCUCUUUAAUUUGUUGUAGACUAGGUCUUGCUGGAAGACUGAGAAAACUUGCCUUUCAGUAUUGACACUGACUGGAGUGAUGACUGCUUGUAGGCAUGUCUGUAUCAUUUCUCAGGGAAGUAAACGGAAGAAGCCUCACACGUAACAGGAAUGUAUUAAUGUAUGUAGGAGCUGCCGUUCUUGUGGAAGACACUUGCGGAGUGAAGGAAAUGGAAUCUUUGACUGAAGUUGUGCCUGUAGCCUGGGGGAGGCCCCUUCCCCACCUGCCAGCGGUUUGCUGGUGUGGGCCCCUCGGCCCCGCCCUCCUUCCCACUGGCUUCUCUCCUUGGCCUCCCCUGGACGUCAGUUAGUAAACUUACUAAUUUCUUGUGCCAAAAAACAGGAGAGUUCCUCUUGGAUGGAACGUUUUUGUCUGUCCUACCAUCUAGUCAUGUCUAAGUAAUGGUUAAGUUUUCUUGUUUCUGUGUCUUUUUGUCCCUCAUUCUCUAGAAAUGCUAAAAUUCUUCUCAUAAAGAAGAAAUUCAGGAGCAUAUAUCUUACUACUUGAACUGUUGCCCUUCUGUGCAAGUACUAACCUGUCUGUUCCCCUCCUCUGUGCCACUCUCCUCUGUCUGUCUGGCUGUGCACUCAUCAGCCACGGUGACACUAAAGGAGGAGGAGCUGGGACUCGCAGGCUGGAGAGCACUGCCAGGAGCCGCCCCUGGAAGCAGGAUAGAGCUGGCGGCGGAACUGCACACCCAGUGGGCUGUUUCUGCUUCUUUCGUCUGUUCUGUGCUUCCUCACGCCAAUUAUAGUUUGACAGGGUCUUAAAAUUACUUGGCUUUUUACAAAUGCAUCUAUUUAUAGAAUCCCAAAGACCUCCACUUGCUUAAGUCAACCUGAAAAAAGGAAAACAUUUUUGUGGCUUUGAGAAAGUACAACGGUGUAGACGGGGGCGUCUCUCCCAGGGUGUUUCUCAUACUGCAGGAUAUUUCCUGUCACUCCCAGGAUCCGCAGACUGCGUAGCUCUCAGACGUGUGCUCCUGCUUUUCUGAUCGGUAUUUUAAAUGGAUUCAGCAAGCACAUAAUAGGCGCCUGCUGUAUCCAUACAUGACACAGUUAAGCUUUUAUCAAGCUUAGUGAGCAGUGAGCACUGAAACAUCAUUUUUUAAUGUUUAAAAGUUUCUAAUAUUAAAGUCAUAUGUAUUAACUACAGAAAAGACAAACAGUAGAGAAGAACAAAAAAUAAAAAGCAUCUCCUUUAUUCCCAGCUCAAAUUCUCCUCUCUCAAAGGGUCUACAGGAAGGGGUGUUUACUCUUCCAACACAUUCCACUUUUCUGUAAAUAUACAUAAACUUAAAAAGAAAACCUCAUGGGGUCAUCUUGCACACACUUUCAUGCAGUGCUCUUCAUAGCUAACAGUGAAGAUUUACCUCGUUCUGUGCAGAGGCCUUGCUGUGGAGCUCCACUGCCUUGUACCCCGUAGGGUCUGACAUUCCAUUAGCCAUGCAACACGGAUACGUAUCAGGAGCACACUGUGUUUCGUGAACUGCAGUGAUGUAUGCAUCUUAUAGAUGCAAAGUGUUUUGGGGUAUAUUAUCCUAAGGGAAGGUAAAGAUAUUAAGAACUGCUGUUUCACGGGGCCCUUACCUGUGACCCUCUUCGCUGAAGAGUCACCCCACACAGCACUUCAAAGAAGCUGUCUUAGAAGUCGGUCUAAAGGGCAUUCUGUCUUCUUAAUUCUCCAAGCGGAUGCCCCAUUUCAGUUGCUUUGUGACUUCUUCUUCUUUGUGUUUUUAAAUAUUGUGCUGCUUUACCAGUGGAGCUGAAUUUUCUGGAAAAUCCUUGUUGACUGGGGCCACUACCUCCUUUCUUAUCUUCACAUCUAUGUGUAUGUUGACUUUUUUAAAUUUUGAGUGGUCCAGGGUAUGACCUAGGGAAUAAACUAGCUGUGAAAUACUCAGGGUUGGGAAUCCCAGCACUUGUCUCAGGACUCUGGAAAGGAACAGCUUCCUCAUUCCUUGUCUUGAUAAAGUGGAAUUGGCAAACUAGAAUUCAGUUUGUACUCAGUGGACAGAGCUGUUGAAGAGUUUGGGGACCUUGUUACGUUAAAGAGCAUUGGGUCACGUGGAAAAAAUGUACGUGUCUCCCAGGUGCAUUUCUUGGUUGAUGUCUUGUUCGUGAGAUUUUGUAUAUGUAGGAGAACCUCAAGCAGUCAUUAAUAUCUCCUGGAACACUGUAGAGAACCAAGUGACCGACUCAUUUACAACUGAGGCCUUGGAAGCCGCUGACUCAUUUACAACUGAAGCCUUGGAAGUCGCUCAGUUAGAACCUUGGAAGCCCCUCCGUCCUGAGCAAAAACAGAAGAGUUAGUUGCCCUGCGGAAAACGCAGCUAGACUAUUGGGUAUGAGCUAAAAAGAGACUGCGCCAUGGUGAGAAAACAUGUAAAAUCCUACUGUGGAAUGAGCAGCCCUUACAGUGUCAUUACCACCAAGGGCAGGUAGGUGUUUGUGUUUGAAAAAGAUGGUCUUUGGGUGAGGGCAUAACUGCAGCAAGCCCCAGGGGUGGUGCGACUCUGGGCGUCUUGGGUGCUUGCGCCUCUUGGCUUUGUGGAUGCUCCACCAGGAAGGCCACUUUGUGUGUGAGUGUCAGUUACUUUUUUAGUAACAAUUCAGAUCUAGUGUAAGGUUCCUUUCAUUGCUCUCCAGUCACAUGCCCCCACUCCCCCACCGGUGAAAGUUUUUCUGAAAGCGCUGGGAUUGGUUAAGGUCUUUAUUUGUAUCGCAUAUCUCCCCAAGUCUUCCGUGGCCAUCUGCAUCUGUCUGGAUGGUGCAAGAAGGCUGACAGACCUUACACACCAGUUUGCAGGUUAUGUUUUACAUGCCCCGUUUUUGAGACAGAUCCUCAAUGUAGGUGGAUCUCCUUGAGAUCCUUAUAGCCUGUUACAUUAAUGAAGUAACGGUCAGUUUUUCUUGUAUUAAUUUUCACAGCUUUAAGGGACAUGCCUAAGAAAUGUAGCUGAAGUAGAGGGGAUGUGAGAGAAGGGCCAGGCCAGCAGGCCAACCCUCCUCCUGUGGAAAUUCCCAUGUUGUUUCAAACUCUGAGAUAGAUGGGACUUAACAGGCAAUGGGGUCCGCGUCCCCCUCUUCAGCACCCCCUGUGCCCCACUUUCUGCUAAAUGAACUGCUGGCAGGUGGGACCUCAGAGACCCCCAGCUGAAAGCUUGAAUUUCCCCUACUGGCUCUGUGUGUUGCUGAGAUCUGUAUCAAAGGAUGCAUCACAAACUGAGGUGGUCAGUGCUAUGCUGCUGUUGGUAUACGUCGUGAAUUUUUAUGUAAAUUGCUCUGCAAAGCAAAUUGAUAUGUUUGAUAACUUUAUGUUUUUAGAUAAAUAAAAACUUCUAAAAAUUU